AGAGUCCAGACUAAUAACAGGGAAGGCCUCUCCGUUUAGGGCACCUCACUCCCUAUCACUCAAUAGUUGCUACUUACUUGGUACCUAAUCGCAGGAUCCUUUGCUUUUCUGGAUCCCCAGAUAGGAAUGCAAAAUUUGAACUGACGCAACAGUCCUGCCCUUAAAACCCUGGAAGGUCUACUUGUAUUAAGAAUCCAGCAACGGAUCCAAUUCAUAGGUAAUCCAGGGCCGCAGGGCCCAAAACCAAAAGCAAGCAGUCAAGAACCUUCAGUCUUCAGAGGAAAAUCAUUCGGAAACGAAACCCCACACCACUCAAAGUCUCAAACAAACAUUUUGGGUUUUCCAUCCAUCUCUGGCUCUGCUCCACCUCUGUCUCUUCCCUACAUCCACCCACCCACCGCACUUAUUGGGUGGGAAAGAGGAGGUGACUGACUACUGACUGGUGAGGGGCCAGCACCCAGCAGUCAGCAAUGGCGGACUAUGAACACCCAGCAGUCCCAAAAGAAACAGCGCUACAAGCCCUAAACACCAUAAUCCAGCUCCACUUCGAGAAAACCUUGGAGAAGAAACGGGCCGUCGAUCUACAAAAGAAGGAGCUUUGGAAGUUCUUCCACUUCUUCUUCCUCUUCCUGGGCCUCGUCUUCGUUGCCCUGGUCCAGUCCCACCGGCUACAGUGCCGCCACUGCUGGGUCCCCAUCGGCCUCCUCACCAUGGCCCAUCUCAUCUUCUACGUCUCCGUGGCUCAGACUCUCCGCUGCAUCAAUGGCUUCAAGUACCAGCGGCGGUGCCACAAGCUCACGCUGGGGCUGGCGACGGAGAGGUUGAAACAGAUCAAGAUGAGGAGGAACAGCGAGCUGGCGGACGAGACGAAUGACUUCGAGAUUCACUACCAGGAGCCUCCCGAGAGCUAUUUUGGUAAGUUCAAGAGGAACUGGGCCAUGCAUUUCGGAUUCCUGAUCCUGAUAUACGGCUUCAUGGUCUCUUCCUCUGUUGUCCUUCUCUGUUUCUGAUCCAAACCCUACUUUCUUUAUGAAUGUUCUACACCGUCCCGGAAUUGGAUUCCUCGACGUCGGAGGUGGUGAGGAUGACUGUGUCGCCGGUGUUUUAUGUGUGUAAUUUUUGUAACGCCAAAACUUCAGUCUACAGAUUCCGCCGAGUGCCGUCUUUUACAGUUUCUUCACGGCAUUUUAAUUUUAUUUCCUCCAUUUCAUGGAUUCUCUUAAUCUCGUCCAAUUCCAUGAAAAUCUGUACUGCUGAGAGAAAUUCGGAAAAAGAAAACUUUGAUUAUUAAUCCAUUUGAAA